AUGUGGAAUGAGAAAGCUGCCAUGAAUGCUGGAAGAUGGGUUAGUAAAUGUGAAGCAAUAUCUAGCUCCAGAGAAGAACGAAUGGUGGAUGGCAGCGUAUGUGGUGAGAUUACUCUGCAAACAAAUUAUCCUACUUCGUGGAAUGAGGCAAUUGAAACUUUUGCAAGUGGACAGACUUACUUCCAGUAUAGUACUGGGUCAACUGACCCAACAAAAAAUGUUUAUGGCUAUACUCAGAUUAUCUGGCACAAUUCAAAGCAGGUUGGAUGUGCACUUGGCUUCUGCCCUAAAGCAACCAACAGAUUCUUAUAUGUUUGUCAUUACUGUCCCAGUGGAAACAUAGACGGACAACUGAACACACCAUACAAAUCAGGUCCACCAUGUAGCGACUGUCGUGGGAGCUGUGAGGAUAAACUCUGUAGCAGCUCUUGCCAGUUUACAGAUAAAAAUAACGACUGUGAAAACCUAAUAGGAAGUUUCACGUGUACAUAUCCAUUUGUUCAAGAAAGAUGUCCAGCCUCCUGUAAAUGCCCCAAAGAUGAAUAA